CGGACAGGAUGUGAGAGAGGAACUGGGGUCUCCAGUCACGGGAGCAGGAGCCAGCGGGCUGCAGGCGGCAAGGGAACGUGGCCGCGUCGCCUUCUCAGCAUGGGCGUCCCCCUGCCUGGGCGUUGGGCGCUGGCUCUGCUGCUCUUCCUACUGCCCCGGACCCUGCGCUCAGAAAGUCACCUCUCCCUCCUUUACCACCUCACCGCUGUGUCCAAGCCUGCCCCAGGGACUCCUGCCUUCUGGGUGUCAGGCUGGCUGGGCCCCCAGCAGUACCUGAGCUACAGUAACCUGAGGGCCCAGGCUGAGCCAUGUGGAGCAUGGGUCUGGGAAAAUCAGGUGUCCUGGUACUGGGAGAGAGAGACUGCGGACCUGAGGAUCAAGGAGAAGCUCUUUCUGGAAGCUUUCAAAGCCCUGGAAGGAACAGGUCCCUACACCCUGCAGGGCCUGCUGGGCUGCAAACUGGGCCCUGACAAUGCGUCGGUGCCCACCGCCAAGUUUGCCUUGAAUGGGGAGGAGUUCAUGUCAUUCGACCUCAAGAAGGGCACCUGGAACGGGGACUGGCCUGAGGCCCAGGCCAUCAGUCAGCAGUGGAUGCAGCAGGCCGAAGCAGCCAGCAAGGAGAUGACCUUCCUCCUCUACUCCUGCCCCCAGCGCCUGCAGGGGCACCUGGAGAGGGGCCGCGGGAACCUGGAGUGGAAGGAGCCACCCUCCAUGCGCCUGAAGGCCCGACCCAGUAGCCCUGGCUUUUCCGUGCUUACCUGCAGUGCCUUCUCCUUCUACCCUCCGGAGUUGCAACUUCGAUUCCUACGGAAUGGGCUGGCAGCUGGCUCUGGAGAAAGUGACACUGGCCCCAACGGCGACGGCUCCUUCCAUGCCUGGUCAUCACUCACAGUCAAAAGUGGCGACGAGCACCACUACCGCUGCCUUGUGCAGCAUGCAGGGCUGGCACAACCCCUCACCGUGAAGCUGGAAUCACCAGUCAAGUCCUCAAUGCCAGUGGUUGGAAUCAUCAUUGGCUUCUUGCUGCUCAUGGCAGCAGCUGUAGGAGGAGUGCUAUUGUGGAGGAGGAUGAAGAAUGGGCUGCCAGCCCCUUGGAUCUCUCUCCGUGGGGAUGACACUGGGGCCCUUCUGCCUGCGCCUGGCCUGUCCCAGGACCCUGACUCUCAGGAUGUAAAUGCAUUCCCAGCAACUGCCUGAACAUCCCCCCAUUCUGGCUGCUAAUAGCUAAAGUAGUCAGGUCUCUUUCAUGCUGUGAGACCUCCUGGAAUCCUGGUAUCUCUGAGCCUCCAGAAGGAGUCCUGGGCCCCAUUGUCAUCCCUCUGGAUCCCUCCUCCUGUGGUCUGCCUCCGUUCCCCUUCUUAAAAUGUAUAUGGCUCUUUUCCAUCUCCACAAUAUAACGUGUUUGGGCCCAAA